GCAAAAGAAAUUCAUUCGAUAAAACGAUCAACUUACCUACUAUUAAAUUAAAUCUUAUUAACUAUUUCAACAAAACUCAAUAUGAAGUCCAUGAUAAUUAUUUUGGCUAUGCUCUUCUCCUUUGCAGCUUGUACUCUUCCCGAUUUAUCUGCUUCAAUCAUUAUUGGUACUACUGGUGCUUCGAAAGUAUUUACUGAACAGUGCGAGAAACCAAAAGUAUUUCUUGAAUGUGGAUCAGCAUGUCCUCCAACUUGUGCUAAACCUAAACCCACAGUUUGUACGCUUCAAUGUGUUAAAGGCUGUUUCUGUCCAAAAGGCACAUUUUUGAAUGAUUCUGGAAAAUGUGUUGAGAAGUGUUCGAGCGAUGGGAACCCUUGGUGCCCGAAUUCAAAGGUAUACACUGAAUGUGGAUCAAACUGUCCUCCAACUUGUGCUAAUCCUAAACCCGGACCCUGUGGAUCUGCUUGUGUUAAAGGCUGUUUCUGUCCAAUAGGCACAUUCGAGAAUGCUGCUGGAGAAUGUGUUAAGCAGUGUUCGAGCAAUGGUUCUAACUCCCCAGGCAAUGGGUCUAACUCCUCAGGCAGUGGGUCCAGCGCUUCGAGUGGGUCCAGCGCCUCAAGCGGUGGGGCUAGCUCUUCUAGCAGUGCGUCCAGCGCUGCGAGUAGUGCAUCUAGUUCUUCAGGCAGUGGACCUGUUUCUAAUGAUGGUUUUAUCCCGAAAGUAAAUAAUGAUUGUGGGUCAGCAUGUCCUCCAACUUGUGCUAAUCCAAACCCCGUUUGUACUAAACAAUGUGUUAAGGGAGCUUUCUGUCCAGAAGGCACAUUCGAGAAUGCUUCUGGAGAUUGUGUUAAGACAUGUUAAUCAUAACGGUAAUAGAACCACAAUAAAUGUUGAAUAUCUGAUAUUGCUUGUAACAUUGAUGAUAAUUCAAUAAAGAUCAUUUGAAUACACUGA